AUGAGGGCUCUAUUAAUAGUAAGAGAGAAAUUCACAUUACAAGAAACGAUAGCUACAUUGACCCAAGAAGUUUCAGAAUUGAGAUCCCAAUGUGAACAUCUCACCAGUGAUAAAAUGAGUUUGGAAAGAGAUUCUGUCGGUUUCAAAGAACAAUUAAGAAUACUAAAAGCAGCUUUAACAGACGAAACUUCCAUAAAAGAGGCACUGACUAGAAGACAAUUACAUUUAAGAAACGAAUUGGAUAGGAUACAUUCGGAGCAUGAUAUAGAAUGGUGGAGGCGAGAACGUUGUGAAACUCAAAAAAAUGCUUUGGAACGAGAAAAUGGCUCGUUGAGGGCUGAAUUGGAGGAACUGCAAAGCGUUUUAGCCAUUAGGGAUCAUGGUGGAGCGAAAUAUAAAAAUCUGCAAGCCAAGGAUCAGGAAAUAUUGGAUUUGAGGAAGGAAUUGGCGCAGAAAACAAAGGAAUUAGCUGACCUCAAACAUAUGCAUGGAAAAUUGAAAAAUUGCUACCACGACACACUGACUUCUGUUUCUCAAGCUCAAAGUCGGUCAGACCAGUAUGAAAAUGAAAUUAAAAAAUUGAGAGGAAGGAUAGAUGAACUAAAGCAAGAACUAUACAAUGCUGAACGAGAAGUAGAAAGCGCCACAAAUAAUAUUAGGAGACUUCACAGAACAAAUGAAGAACUGCAGGCGCAAAUUGGAGUUUUUCAGACUCAGAUGGAUCAAUUGCACAACAGAUUGCAAAGCUGUGAUUCCCCAAGUUUGUUGUCAAUAAGAGGACCUCCGGAAGAGGCAUCUGAAAGUGAAACUGAUUAAAAGGUUCCAUCAUAAUCGGUAGAGACGUGUUUAAAUAGGAAACAAAAUACUCUGG